AUGGCACACAUGAAAACCCUGCUGAGACGCCUGCUGGUCGUCCUACUGCUACUAACAGGUGUGAGCUGCAAAGAAGAUACACUGUUUGUGUACAGAAGGAUUGGAGGUGAAGCCAUCCUACCUUGUACCAACCUGGAGUCUUCGGUCUGCUCCUCCGUCUCCUGGAAACUCUACAAGGGCGGACAUGUGACCUACACCACCGAGGUCAACAAAGGGCAGGUGAACAAGGACUCAGACAAAUCCAGCCGCAUGUCCCUCACAUCCAACUGCUCUCUGAACAUCCGUGAUCUGAAAGUCAAAGAUGCCGGCAACUACAUAUGCAUUCUUCAUGAACAAACCACCACUAACGUUUAUCUGUCCAUACUCGCCAUCACCACCUCUUCCUCCAUCAGUGACCUGCAGCCCGGAGGAAACCUCAGUCUGAACUGCAUCCUGUUCUCUUACUACGACGCUGGGAGCUGCAAGGCGUACAGCAAAGUGUUCACGCUCAGCUGGACGGCUGAGGACGGAUCUCAGCUGACCGAUAACAGCAGGGCGACUGACCAAAAUCGCUGCAACGUCACUCUGGUCACAGAACUCCAGAGAGAGGACAACAUGAGGAGGUGGAGGUGUCAGGUGAACACCACAGAAAGCAGGCCGGCAGCGUUUCUGGAUUUCACAUCCAUCUUUUUAUUGGAGCAGCUUCUUCCAACUCCCCAGAACCAGACUGCUGUGGCCCCCGCCUUGGAGUGUCCGAUCCAUCUGCCCAUCAGCCGCAUCAUGCUCUGUGUGGCUCUGCCGCUCAUGGUGAUCGUAGUAGGAGUCUUCACACGCAGACCAAACCACCAGAGCGCCAAAAGAUCUGCAGCUGGCAUUGAGCUGCGGGUGCUCAACUGA